GAAUUUUUCAACCCUUAUCACACUCCGCCUUUUGCUGCCGUUCGAGCUCCACUUCUUUGGGCGAACAAGUCUGAUUCAAGAUGUCUAAAACUGCAGGAAAGCCAAUCAGAUGCCAUGCUGCUGUGUUAUGGAGCGCAAAUACUCCGUACGCCAUAGAAGAAGUCGAAGUAGCUGUUCCGAAAAAAGGGGAAGUUAGAGUAAAGAUGGCCUCUACCGGACUCUGUCACUCUGAUUUGCAUUUUCAAGAAGGAAUCGACAAGCAGUGGCCUUUCCCCUCCGUCAUUGGACAUGAAGGUGCUGGAAUAAUAGAAAGCGUGGGUGAAGGCGUUACUUCUGUCAAACCUGGUGAUACAGUGGUAUUAGUGUUUGAAUCCUAUUGUGGGGAGUGCGAGUUUUGCAAGAGUCCCAAGACGAACCAAUGUAAAAAGCAGCCGCGAAAUCAAUUGCAAAUGGAUGGCACCAGUCGCAUUACUUGCAAAGGACAAGCCCUCAGUCAAAUGUCAUCUAUCAGCACAUUUUCAGAAUAUACCGUCACAUCUGAAGCAAACGUCACCAAGGUGAAUCAAAAGGCUAAUCCGAACACCUUGUGCUUAGCAGGAUGUUGCAUUCCUACAGGAUAUGGGGCCGUUAUGAACGCGGGGAAGGUCCCUAAAGGUGCUACGACUGCAGUCUGGGGCUUGGGGGGUGUCGGAAUGUGCGUCCUCAUGGGACUCCGGGACAGUCAGGCUGGAAAAAUCAUUGCCAUCGACACCAACCCAAAGAAAUUUCCCCUUGCCAAAGAAUUUGGUGCAACUGACUUUUUAAACCCAAAAGAAGUGGACGAUGUUCCGAAGAAAUUGGCGGAAAUGACAAAUGGCGGAGUCGACUACUGCUUUGUGUCCGUUGGCAUCGUACCUGUUAUGGAACAAGCAUUUAACUCUAGUCACCCAAACUGGGGGAAAACUGUCAUCAUUGGACUGUCGGACCUCGGUGAAACCAUGAGAGCCGGGGUGUGGGAAUUGCUUUUUGGACGUCAACUUGUUGGAACCUUCUAUGGAUCCUAUAAAGCAAAGUUAGGUAUUCCAGACUUGGUAGACAAAGUGGUGGCCGGACAAAUCCAGUUGGAAAAAUUGAUCACCCAUCGCUUGCCGUUGACCAAGAUCAACGAAGGAUUUAAUAUGCUUAAAACUGGAGAAUCAUUAAGAGCCAUUAUUGAUUACGACAUAAAAGGAUAAAAUAAGUGCUUAGUUACAUACUGAUUUAAAAGAAGAAUGGAAAGAACAGCAGUAUAUUUCUUCACAAGUCUGUUUCAGGAAACCAUUUUCAUGCCGUUUGCAACAUUAACUGUUUGAAUUCAAAGUCAAAAGCCAUUUUAGUGUUUUUGGCAACACUUAUAUUUGUUACAUGUGUAUAUUUUCACAUAAAAAUAUUGAAUUUCUGA